AUCUUUCCAUCUUUUUCGUCAAAUUUCAAUGGCAAAAGUCCCUCGCAACUUUCGUCUCCUCGAGGAGCUUGAGAAAGGAGAGAAAGGCAUCGGCGACGGCUCGUGUUCCUACGGUCUCGAGGAUGGCGACGAUAUCCUCAUGAGCAAUUGGACCGGCACCAUCAUCGGUCCUGGUCAUACAAUCCACGAGAAUCGCAUCUAUAGCUUAAAGAUCACUUGUGGCGAGGAUUAUCCUGAAAUGCCACCCAGUGUCCGCUUUCUUUCGAGAGUCAAUCUACCCUUUGUCAACCAGACGAAUGGCACCGUGAAUGCCAAUGAACUGCCUGUCCUACGAGAUUGGAACAGGAACAAGAGUAUCGAAACAGUACUCGUAGAAAUACGAAGGGAGAUGGCAAGCUAUAACAACAGAAAGCUUCCCCAACCUCCCGAAGGCUCGUUUUUCGGCGCUUAAUUUUUGGAACUUGGUAGAAAGAUCGCACACUGAAUUCUUUCUUUGUCUGAGCAACAUUUGUGCUAAUAGUAACUCAUUGUCAUCCUCAAUGUACUGAACUCUGAAUGAAUAUCUACUCAUGUGAAAUCUGACGUCGCGAUCAUCGCGAUUGUUCAGAACACCUAAAGCAGAUUGUACCGAACUACAGAAUCCGAGUCGGAAGACGGACCUGUUGUCCCUUGAUGUUGGGUUGUCGGGCGGAAGUGAGGUCCGAAAAGGCCCAAGCAAUGCGCAGACACUGAGACUGGAAUAAGAUCUAGAAUGAUUAAGUAGUACACGAGCAGCUCCUCUACACCCUGCACCCUAGGCAUCCUAGCUGACAUUCAUCGCCAUACUAUCGGAUCUCUUCCCUUCUCGUCCAAGUCCUGCCGCUCUUUCCGACUCUUCAAUCGUAUAAGCAGGCUCUUUCAGCUGUUUACACCUCCUCUUAUGUACUUUGCUUCUCCAAUGUGCUCGCAGCGCAACGUCUGAUUCGAAAUACCGUGCGCAUUCAACACAAUAAUGUUGUGCAAGACCUGGUCUAUCAAAGUCAAGUGGCUGGCUUUCGAGUGCAGCCCGAUUUUUUGGGUCCAAAUCUAUGAGCUGGAUUUGAUCUAGGUCUUUCGCUCUUGCCCGUGUCCGUGAAGCCCUAUGUACAUCCCUUCGUGCAUGAUGUGUUCUUGACCUCCUUACUCUGCC